AUGAAAUUUAAUCGGCGUCUGAUGGUUUGACUUUAUUUUCUUGAUUUUUUAUCAAAAUAUUUGGUUUUUCAUAAUGUAAAUCUUAAAUUGUUUUGAGCUCGUGCUAAGUGUAGUGAGUAGGGUGAAGUGAAAUAUCAUAAAAUGUAUCAUUAAUGCAACUAUGAAGUCCUUGAAAUCGCUACACCAAGAUGUUGUCAUUGUACGCUCGAUUAAUUGUUCGUCACUCUUACCUGUUUCUUUUUAUCUUGAGUGUAAUUUCCACCGUUCUCACCGUGAUCCCAAUGGUGUGCCAUGACUUACCAUCUUUUUCCGAACCACUCAUCGGGUUUGAGACUCGCGGGACUACCUUAGCGCAUCGCUUUAUAGCAUGGGAAAAUCUAAUUUACGAAACAAGACCUUCUAGAAAAUUGGCCGUAAAUCCCAAAGAAAUUGAAGAUCAAAUCCGCAUGAAUCAGACUUACUAUAAUAAAACAAGGCAAGACAAACCCAGAUCAGGGCAUGGACGAGCAGGUAAAAACAAAAAUCGAAAGAAAAAGAAAAAACCUAAACUGAACAGCACAGGUUUUGAGAAAACAAUAUUUGACUCCCCAGAUAUAAAUAUAUCCAAUGGCCAUGUUCACUGGGGCUUUGGGAAGAAUAUGUCCCAUGAAAGUGAGAAUACUGUUAUUAAUAGAGAUCACAUUCGCAAACAGUGGGUCUCAUUGAAAGAAAUGCAACUCAAACCUGAAAAACCUAUCCAUCACAAUUAUGCUUCGGGUACCUGUGGAGCACCAGUUUUUGAUUAUGCACAUUUGGUUGUCACAAGUACUGAUGACUCUUCUUUGCUGACAUACCCAAAUAUAGCCCGAAUGUGCAAGCUGCAAACAUUUCUCAUAGAAGCAGGAGAAGAUGAAUAUUACAAAGUGUGUGAAAGGGCCAAACAUACAGAUAAGUUGUGUUGUCCAAUAUGGAGUGUGCCAAAUUAUAUAGCUUUAAUAUCUGACAAGAGUUCUUGUGAGAACUUAACUGAAGUGGAUGUGAAUAAGACUGUGUCUAUUUUGAAAAAUUGUGCAGGAUAUUUUCAUAAUUUUACAUUAAUGGCCUCAUGUGACUUAGACCGCUGCAAAGUGCCAAAAUAUUGUUCCCAACAUGAUGCUAUUUACAAUAUGUUAUUUUACCUCAUAGAUUCAGAUGCUUUUUCACCUCUCGACUUUACCCAAACCUUUGUCAAAAGUUCAAUGAUAUUCUUGCCAUUACCAUAUAGCAGUACCACAUUGCCAUAUUAUGAAAAAUUACAAAGUUCAAAUUUAUCUUAUGAAAAUAUUAUUAUACCAGCUAUAGAUUUUGGAUUAAAAAAUGCACUUUUCGAUUUAUGGAUAGUACAAGAUGCAUGGUUGAUAGCCCUGGGUGGAAUUUUUGUAUUUGUGGGUGUUUGGUUCUAUAGCAAAUCUCUAAUUCUUACUUUGCUUUUAUUUACAGCCAUCACAUAUUCACUUGGAAUAGCAUACUUCUUGUAUGUUUAUGUGUUCAAUUUAGAAUUCUUUCCAUUUAUGAAUUUAUUAGUAGUAGUUAUUGUGAUAGGAAUUGGAGCUGAUGAUGCAUUUAUCUAUGUUAAAAUAUGGAGCAUGAUUACAAAGCAGCUCAUAAAGGAUAACAUAGCUAGUGAAGAAAAUUGUUUGACUGAUAUCAAAAAUGUAUCUAGUGCUGGUGAAACGAUUCUUGUACAAAUAUUAGAAGAAACUUUAAAACAUUCUAUUGCAACUAUUUUUAUCACGACUUUGACGACUGCCAUUGCAUUUUUUGCUUCAUAUGUAAGCUACAUUCCUGCUAUCAACUGUUUUAGCGUUUUCGCUGGUACAGCAGUUCUUGUGAACUUUUUUUUAAUGGUAAGUUGGUUACCUGUAUCAGUAUUUAUAAUAGAUGUUAAAUUAUCUAUAAAUAAGGGAAAGUUUUUUGAUAUAGUUUAUAAAACUGUUAAUGAAGUUUGGGAAGAUAUCAGAGUUUGCAUGAGUAGAUUUAUUAUUGUCUGUGUUACAAAACUGCACAUAGUGUUUGUUAUAGUACUGGGUGCUAUUGGUAUUUACAGUAUUAUUGUAGUUUUCUAUUACCCUGGUCUCCAGUUGCCGGAUUCAAAGGAAUUUCAACUUUUCCAACAUUCACAUCCAUUUGAGCUAUAUGAUAUAGAGUAUAGAGACAAGUUUAUAUUUGAAAAAUUUGGUAGGUAUAUUGGUACAGGCAGCAAAAUGCCUCUAAGAUGGAUUUGGGGUGUCAAAGCCAUUGAUAAUGGAAAUCACAUGAACCCCUUCUCUACUGGCCAUUUAGUUUUUGAUGAUAGAUUUUCAGUAUCUGAUCCUAAAUCACAGCAAUGGUUGUUAGAAUUUUGUUCUAAGAUCAAAGCUCAGCCUUUUUACCAGCAAACAUUGGGUCCUCUGUUGCCAAAUUGUUUUAUCGAGAGUUUUAAAGUAUUUAUGAGCAGAAGGUGUAUGGAUUUUGUUGACAAAAUUAAUAGAUCUCCAUGUUGUGAAUCAUCUAGUUUUCCUUAUAAGAAAGAAGUUUUUGAUACAUGUAUAAUUGAGGCUAUGGAAUCAUUGUAUCAGACACCAAGCACACUCUUUAUGCCUGGUGUUGCAGGGCCUAAAUUUUUCAGGACUGAAUCUCCUACUAUUGCAGCCAUUGUGGUAGAGUUUGAAAGUGUAGUCCCAUAUACCAUGUCUUAUAAGACAAUGCAUAAUUUCUUUCAACAUGUCGAAAAUUGGACUCAACACGAAUUGAAGUCUGCACCUCCAGGUAUGACUUGUGGAUGGUUUCUAUCUGAUCUUCAGUUUUAUGAUUUACAAACUACUCUUGCCAGUGGAACAGUUAUAGCUUUAAUAUUAUCUGCCAGCUUAGGAUUUGUAGUUCUUAUUCCUGCUACUUUCAGUUUUAUUGUAAGUAUUUGUGCACUCACAGCAAUUGUUUUCUCUUCAACUGUUACAAUAGCAGUCUUAGUUAUGAGUGGUUGGAAAUUAAAUAUUUUAGAAAGUGUUGCGAUCUCGACAUCGGCCGGGUUGGCUGUCGACUUCAGCCUUCAUUAUGCUUUAAGCUAUACAAACUCCAGUGGACUAAAGUUGGCAAGAGUUAAAUAUGCAUUAACCUCAUCAGCUGGGCCGACCGCGGCGGCUGCGUUGACUACUUGUUUUGCAGGUAUAUUUUUAUUGCGCUCGAAUCUUCUGCCAUACUCACAAAUUGGCACGUUUUUGGCUUUGAUUAUGACAUUUAGCUGGGUGUAUGCUACAUUUUUCCUUUGUUCUAUGCUGUAUAUAUGUGGUCAAAAUAAUCCUAAGGAACCUCCGGUUGAGGACAGGAAAUCUGUGUCGCGAGUUAGUUCCAUUUGUUCAGGGGUUCCGAAUUUAGAGAGCCAUGAAUUGGAGCACUUGGCUGACAGCAAUCGUACAAAUCUUACUCACUCCCAAAGUCAUUCAAGUAUCAGUGCAACAACUGUAGUUUUACAUGACGAUUAUGAAAAUCCACAUAGUAAGGUUGAUAAGAAAGCUAGCAAUAGCAGUAAUUUAGUUUGUUACAAUGACUGAAUGUUUAGUUUAAGAAAUAAUAAAUUAGUAUUUACAAGAUCUAUUUCGAUGAAUUUUUCUGAACACGACAGUAUUAUUUAUCAAGUUUUGUUGAUCUCAUGUCAUUUUGUAUUAUUUUUACACUUGUAAAUAGCUAAUUGAAAUUUUCAAAUGAACCUCAAGAUGAUGUAGUAAUGAUUACUGUGACAAUAAUUAUCACGUAAUAAUUCUCAAACUAAUAAUAAUAAGAUCUAAAAAAAUGAGCUUAGCUUGAGUAUUUUGAUAAUUUCAUUGUUCUUUAUAUCAUUGAAAUAUAUAGCUACCCAAAUUAUAAUAGUUCCGUUUAACUUUUUCUGUAACUCAACCUUUUUGGAUACAUUAUUCGCGAUUUGAAGAGUCUCAUAAAAUUUACAUCAUGAAAUAACAAUAAAUAAACUAUCUACUUAAGUGCUACAUGUUAGUUUAAGGAGGCCAUGACUAUCUCAUUAUAUAUUGUGUAAAUAGAAAUAACUAAGCUGAAUAUAUUUUGCCAGAUAUAUAUAUAUGAAGAUAAUAUGUGAAUUGUCAAUUCAAAAUGAUAAAACUAAUAAGUUUGUUGUCAAGAUAAAUUCGAUGUCUCGACUAUGUGCUUAUUAACACUUCGUAAUUAUCGCAAUUUUUUAUUUAUUUAUUUAUUAUAAUUUAUAACAAGCACUAUUUUUUAAAUAAAUUUCAUUCCACAACUUUAAUAAGAGUUAAAAAAUAAUCAGUGUUAUAUAAAAUAUUGAAAAGACACAAAACCGAAACUGCAGUAGUUAAUGCUCCACAUGAAAUAUUAACACCGGUAUAUAUCAAAUUGAUAUAUAAUUAUAUUACUUUAAAAGUCUGACCAAUGAAAGUUGACCCAGAGAAUACUGUUUAUGUUUUUAAUUUUUUAAUGCAUGUGCCUAAUGAUCACGAACUGUUUGAAUUAGUUCAAUUUUUAUCACUUCCAAUACGCACAAUUUAUUUUGAUGAGUCUGAAUUCUCUUUUGUUGGCCCAGACUUUAAACUGUGCCAUAUCUAGGCCAUGGUUAUGUUAAGUUAGAUCGUAAUUGUAGGUAUAAUUGUAUUUUAGCAACUAAGAAACAAGGCACUAACUGUUAUAUUAGUCUUAGAAAUAACGACAAAAUAUAGAUGUUUAUGUGCAAAAAUUACUCUGUUAUUGGCCACUUGUUUCUUAGAAGCCACCUAAUUAAAAUUAGGUAGGUAAGUACUUUAAGAAUUAUUGUACUUAAAAGAAAUAAAAUGUUAACUUUUGUAUAUAA